CCUGGCCGCUUGUUGUUGCUGUUCCAAGGUCCACAGCCGAAAGUCAGCCGCCAGCCGCUCUUGGCCUUUUGCCGCUGCCGCCAGCUGACAGCCGCAACCAACUCCAACCACAUCUACUGUAGAGAGUCUGUACAGCUACGACAAACCCAAACUCCCUACUCUUUGAACGAGGAAAACGAGGAAAUAACCAACCAGCCGGAGCCCGACUCUGGUAAUGGCCCUUAUACUCGCAUACGGUUGAGCUCCUAUGGCUCAAUCACCUCUGGUCCAUGGAAAACCGCCGCGCGCUUCUCUUCUUCGUGCUCCUGUUCUUCCUGCUAUCUGCUCCAGAACCACGCCCUCCCCCCUUUAGUUUCGAGCGAGAGCGCCACCAGCAGAAGACGGAGGAACAGCGGGCUCUGUCGCUCCUUAAUAGCUCGAGAUAUGGUGACUUGGACAGCGCUGCGGGUCGCUGGCUUCCUGUGGGAGGCCUGACCAAGGAUGAUGGCUAUGCAUGGGGGCUACUUCCUGUGGUAAAGGACCGCGCCCGGAACCAGCUGUACUCGAUCCUCCAACACUCCGGCUUGCUGAGCGAACAACCGAUCGAAUGGCAGACGCAUCCACUUCGGUCGGACCUGAAUACCUCAGACCUACAGAUUCCCGUAUAUCAUAAUGUUACCGGGAAGGUCCGGGGCGACUGGGUGCGCUGGCAGGGUCCAGAGACGGCAAACCUCCCGCAGCUGAAUACCACUGCAAUCAUGCUGCGGCAUGAUUAUUUUACCACCACAUUCGCGAAUAAUAUUACUACAGACCAUGGCACCCUCUUGAUAGAGUUACAGGAGGAGGAUAGGGAGGGGCUUGCCUUGGCCGGCUCAACUGCCAGGGAGAUAAAAGCAGAUAUGACACUAUACACGGAUGCGUCGCUGGGAGCCAACCAUUACGUACGGCUCUUCGGUGUGCAUUUUCCAUCAUCGGGUGGAAUGCUUCUUAGCACUACCAGUGAAAAGUUCGCGGGGUUGUCAGCAAUGCCACAAUUCGCUCUUUCGAAUGAUACAUUCGAGCUCUCUCGCCUGCUGCUGAACAGGUCACUGACCGAAACCUUGGCCGAAAAGAAAACAGGACCUGUAGAUUAUCUGCCCUGGUCGUCUCUUCCCCAUGGCCCAAGCACCAUGACAUUUCCGGCACCCAAGUGUGAGUAUGUCGUGUAUCUUCAGCAACACCCGUUGGUAAUAAAUGGGCAAAUAGCUCGACGUCCUUUACUACAAUCGAUCGAAGACGAACUGCGUUUCCCCGUGGGUGCCCCAGUGCCACCUGCGCCAUUGAUUACGAUGUCCAUGACGCUGUUUUCCCCUGAUUGUGGAUUCGUGCUGGAAAGCAAGGGAUCACCAGCUUACUCCCCUUCUGACGGACUCUACCUUUCUGGCCCAAAGCAGGAACAAUACCGGAAACAUGCUGGACGGCUAGUCGUAAUUAUGGCGGCAGUUCUUUGCACUCAGAUUCACCUUUUGAUGAGACAGAUGAAAGAGGCCUCCACCCCGUCAACCAGGAGCAGAGUCAGCUUUUACACAAUCGCUAUGAUGUCUAUGGGCGACGCUCUGUUUGGUUCAUUUAUCCUGAUGCAGUUAUACGAUGAAGCCCCGUUCCUGCUUCUUACCGGAGCUACAUUUUUAGCGUUCUUCUCUGUCAGUUUCUUGGCAAUGAAAUUUCAGAUAGAAGUGUGGGUUGUUCAAGCCCCUGAACGCAGGGAAGCCGGUCGAUCAGCGUCUGCUCGAGCCCCAUCUGGGCCACCACAACCUCUCCCAGCACCAGCAACAGCGCCUCUCUCCGUUGAUACGGGCGCCACAACUAUCAUCAUACUACCACCAGAUCAGGAUGAACCUGAAGACACAACCACUGGCACUACAGCACCCCAAGCAACCAGUGAUUCAGGGACUAAUGACACGGGGGCAAUGUACUCUCGAUUCUAUUUCACUCUCUUCUGUCUCCUCUUCUUCUCCUCGUGGACAUUAUUCUGGCCAACCCGCCUCAUCCGGAUGUAUGGCCAAGGUGUAUCCUUCAUCUACCUUUCUUUUUGGAUACCGCAAAUAUAUCGCAAUGUAAUGCGAAACUGCCGCAAGGCCCUUACCUGGGAAUUUGUCGUGGGCCAAAGCCUCAUUCGAAUAUUCCCUUUUCUCUACUUCUACGCCCUCCCGGGCAAUGUCCUAUUCAUCAAACCAGGUUCCAUGUUUACGCUUGGCAUCGUAGCCUGGGUGUGGAUGCAAACAGUGGUUCUCGCUGCGCAGGACCUCCUAGGUCCACGCUUUUUCGUCCCCCACGGCUGGGCACCGCCAGCCUACGAUUACCACCCGAUUCUCAGAGAUACCUCUGCCUCAGGUUCCAGCGAAGACAUCGAGGCUGCAGGUGUCUUGCCAAUCGGGUUCCUCCGAGGCGAAGAAAGUCAUUCCGCCGCACCAUCCAGCGCAAAAGACGACGACAAAAGUAGCCCGGACCACAAUAACACUAAUAACAAUAAUGGUGGCAAGGAUCGUAAAAGCAGGCGCUUCGACUGUGCUAUCUGCAUGCAAGAUAUUGAAGUACCCGUCCUCGGGGUGCCGGGCGGUAGUACGGGCGUUGCACCAACCAGCGUAGCAGAAGGGGCUGCAAACCUGCUCAGCCGGCGUGCUUAUAUGGUCACGCCAUGCCGGCACAUCUUUCACAGUACGUGUUUGGAGAGCUGGAUGCGGUUACGGCUACAGUGUCCGAUUUGUCGAGAGAACCUGCCUCCCAUUUGAGCGUGUUAUAUUUUAUGUUCUGUCAUUUUCGCUUUUUUGGUGCUCGGAAACGCUCUCUCUGUACAGUAAAUUUGUUCUGCUUUCUUUUUUUCCUCGUUUCUUUUUGCCAUCGGAUCAUCUUGUGGUGUUUGAUUGUGUUUGUACUCAAUGCAAAGGUAUAGAAUUUCAUGGGUUUGCAUUUGGGUACUGAUUUGGGUCUGGAAAUUUUAGAUCAAUUGCAUUGAUAUCUGAUUGAUGAACAGACAUUUAUUUUCCUUCGUCUCCUCGUGAGGAUCUGAAAGAUAUAUAUAUAUAUAAGAAGUCGCAGGUUGCCCCUUAGUUCUGUUCCAUCUAUUGUCUUCACUUUCCCGAUUGGAUCUAAUAGGAGCACAAGGAUGUGUUGGUGACUUUGAGCACAUAACGCAGUGGAAAUCACAACCCUGACAUGUUGAAACAUCAGUAGAUAAGCAGAUAUACAUAUCGCAACAUGGAAGGUUAGGGCGGGAGAAAAAAAAAAGACAACAAAGUCAAACGGUAGAAGAUCCCCAUCACCCAUAAACAACCCAAGCCGACAUCAUAAAAAACAUGAUUUAACAAAAUAUGGCAAAAAUGUGAACCCCCUCUUGGGGAAAUCCAAAUCAUUUCUUUACUCAGCCUCCUCCUCCACCCUAGCCUGAUACUCCUUCUUCUCCAUCAAGCCGUCCAACUCAGUCGGAUCCGACAGCUCAAUCUUGGCAAACCAGCCCUUAUCUUCGGGGCUCUCGUUGAUGAUCUUGGGCGACUCCUCCAGCUUCGUGUUGGCCUCGAUGAUCUUGCCGGUCACAGGGGAGAGGAUGUCUGAGGCGGACUUGACGGACUCGACGGCACCGAUGGUCUCGCCUGAAGCAACUUCGGUGUCCACGGUGGGCAGCUCAGCGAAGACGACGUCGCCUAGGGCGUUGGCGGCGUAUUCGGUUAUACCGAUUGUGGCUGUUGGUUUGGGGCAUUUGCGUUGUUAGUUAGAGAUAUGUUUUCUUGUCAACGGUGGUUUGGUUCUUGGAUCUAGCAUAUGGCGUAGAUUGGAAGGACA